CCACGGCGACUUUUUGUAGCGAUGCUGUCGCGCAUUUACUAAACGCACGCCAGCAUCACUACUAACGCGUGUUAGUCGCAUUUGCAACGCGCUACUGCAUCGCGACUGUAUCGAUGCAAACGCGCGACCGUGUCGGACGACAUCGGGGGAAGAACGGAGGGAGGGCGGUGCGUGAAUGGAGAACCGAGCAUCAGUGCAACACAGACAGGUCGAGAGUGCUGUUGUCCGUCACAUGCGUAAAAUGGAGUCGUUCGACACUGAAUCAUUUAUUAUGGCAAUUCAGAACCGUCCUGUAAUAUGGGACUCGCGUCUUCCUGAGUAUUCGAAUAAGAUUGCAAAAAGAAAGGCAUGGGAAGAGAUAAAUGAAAUAUUUGAUUCAGAAUUUGGAGAAAAAACAAAUAAAGAAAAGAAUGCUUGUGCUAUUGAACUCCAGAAAAAAUGGAAAAGUUUAAAAGAUUGCUUUAACAGAGAACGGCUGAAAGAAAAAAAUUGUCCCAGUGGGUCCGGGGCUAAACCCAGAAAACAAUAUGUUUACUAUAAAUUAUUGUCAUUUUUACAACCUUUGACCGAAAUCAGACCACCAAGUCGACCUACAGUUACUGAGGAAAACGACUCCGAAGGCUGUUUGGAAUCUUUUGUUAUUCCAAAAUCAAAGAAGCUUAAAACAAGUGAUGGCGUUGAUGAUGCACAAAACAAAUUAUACGAAAUUCUAACUGAGAAAUUGAACAAAGCCACGCCCGCCAUUCAACAUCCAGAUCAACAUUUUUUACUUUCACUUUUUCCACAUUUUAAUUCCAUAAAAGAAGAAUAUAAACUCGAUGCGAAAGCUGAAAUGAUAAAUUUGCUUCGCAAAUAUAACAAUAUGGCACAAACGUCUGCAUACACCAGUCACUAUGGAUAUCAGUCUGGAUACCAAAGCUACGACACAACUCCUGCUCGUACAAGCAAUGAAAGUAGUGUGUCGCAACUAAUAAAUAGCUACCACUCGGCGCCAACGCCUGCUGGUGCCAAUGUCAAUACUGCAGGUAGUUCAUUGCAACAUAAUGAUAAUGAUAAUGAAUAUAAUUACAGUAAUGAUGAUUCUACACAAGAUUCUAUUAUCACAAACCUAUAUUCGCCGUAAAGUAAAAAGUAAGAAAUUAAAACCUUAAUUAAGUUUAAGUAUGAUUAAUAUUGAAUUAUAAUAAUUAUUUUUUUAAGUUGUGAUUAAAAAUGUGCAAAAACUAUUAAAAGAUAAUUAACAUAAAAUUUGGUUUUUCUUACCUUAAAG